AUGAAACUUCUGGUCACCACCUCCUCCACCGCUCUCCCUCUAUAUAAUUCCUCCUCCUCCGCCUCCCCUCUUCUCCUCCACUCCAAAUCCGACCACCACCACCACCACUCGAAUCUCUCCAUGGCGACUUGCGUCGACAAUUGCGCCACCACGGCCUGCCGCGACGGCAACAACAACAACAGGUACCCCUGUUUCUACAAACCCAACAAGUCCUUCGCCAGAAAUUUCCAGACCCAGACCCAAUCCCCAACUCUCAAUCGAAUCGACGGCGCGGCGGCGGCCGCGGCCGCGUCCGAUCUCUGGGCGAAGAUGCGAGAAGAAGCGAUCCUCGACGCGGAGCAGGAGCCGAUCCUCUCCUGCUACUACUACACCUCGAUUCUCUCCCACAAAUCGCUGGAAAGCGCGCUGGCGAAUCACCUCGCCGUGAAAUUGAGCAAUUCCAGCCUCCCGAUCGGAACCCUAUUCGACGUCUUCUUCGCGGUGCUGGGGGAGCAGGGCCCGGACUUGGGCCGGGCCGUGAGGGCGGACCUGCGGGCCGUCAAAGAGCGGGACCCGGCCUGCAUUAGUUACGUCCACUGCUUCCUGGGCUUCAAGGGGUUUCUCGCGAUCCAGGCCCACAGAGUGGCCCACGAGCUCUGGCGGCGGCAGAGGAAGGCCCUGGCGCUGGUGAUUCAAAACAGGGUUUCGGAGGUUUUCGGGGUGGACAUCCACCCGGGCGCCCGGGUCGGGUCGGGCGUGCUGCUCGACCACGCCACCGGGGUGGUGAUGGGCGAGACGGCGGAGGUCGGCGACGACGUGUCGAUUUUGCACGGCGUGACGCUGGGAGGGACCGGGAAGGCGGGCGGGGACCGGCACCCGAAGAUCGGCGACGGGGUUUUGAUCGGGGCCGGGACGUGCGUGUUGGGGAACGUUCGGGUCGGGGCGGGGGCGAAGAUCGGGGCGGGUUCGGUGGUUCUGAAGGAGGUUCCGGCGAGGACGACGGCGGUGGGUAAUCCGGCGAGGUUGAUCGGCGGGAAGGAGAACCCGACGAAAUUGGAUAGAAUGCCUAGCUUUACCAUGGACCAGACUUCCCAUAUAGCCGAAUGGUCCGAUUAUGUGAUUUAG